AUGGCUGAAUUCUAUCCCUCGCUGACUCAAUGCGCCGUUGUGGCCGCUGCGUUUAAAAUCCUCUUGUUUCCGGCGUACAAAUCAACCGAUUUCGAAGUUCAUCGCAACUGGCUUGCGAUCACGCAUUCUCUUCCGGUCAAGGAAUGGUACUAUGAGAAAACAUCAGAAUGGACACUAGACUAUCCUCCAUUUUUUGCCGGGCUAGAAUGGUGUCUUUCUCAGAUUGCUGCGUUGAUGGACCCGGAGAUGCUAAAGGUGAAGAACCUGAACUAUGAUUCCUGGCAAACAGUGUAUUUCCAACGCAGCUCGGUCAUCGUGCUCGAGUUGAUGCUCGUAUAUGCUCUGAACAGAUACAUCAAGUCGGCACAAACUCAAGCAGCCAAGGAGCUGGCUCAUGCUGCCAGCUUGUCAAUUCUUCUCUCGCCUGGCCUGCUGAUCAUCGAUCAUGUUCAUUUCCAAUACAACGGUUUCUUGUAUGGGAUUCUGGUUCUUUCAAUCGUCCUGGCGCGAAAGCAGUCUACUCUACUCUAUAGCGGUAUCACAUUUGCCAUACUGCUCUGCUUCAAGCACAUAUACCUCUAUCUAUCGCUGGCAUGGUUCGUUUACCUUUUACGGGCUUACUGUUUGCACCCCACGUCUAUGUUUAGACCUCAGUUUGGCAACAUUGUGAAGCUCGGAGCUGGGGUUCUGGGUGUUUUUGCAGUGGCCUUUGGACCAUUCGCGAAAUGGGGUCAACUGCUGCAGUUAAAGGACAGGCUGUUCCCAUUCUCCAGAGGCCUAUGCCAUGCCUAUUGGGCACCGAAUGUCUGGGCCUUGUACUCCUUUCUCGACCGUGCUCUUAUCUUUGUUGCGCCUAGGCUAGGAUUGCCAGUCAAGGCUGAUGCUCUGGCCAGUGUGACUAGAGGAUUGGUUGGGGAUACUGCCUUUGCGGUUCUUCCAGAAAUCACAAAAGAGUACACUUUUGGAUUAACAUUUGUAUUCCAAAUUCUGUGCCUCGUGAAACUGUGGUUCAAACCAGACUGGGACACCUUCGUGGGAGCAGUGACAAACUGCGCCUUCGCCGCGUUCCUCUUCGGCUGGCACGUCCACGAAAAGGCUGUACUCCUGAUCAUCAUCCCGUUCAGUCUUCUAGCCAUCAAGGACCGACGGUACCUAGGCGCCUUCCGCCCACUGGCUGUAGCGGGCCAUGUCUCCCUGUUCCCGCUACUCUUCACUGCCGCCGAAUUCCCAAUCAAGACCGUCUACACGAUCUUCUGGCUGGUCUUGUUCCUCUUUGUGUUUGGCCGGCUUGCGCCAGCUCCGCUCAGGCCGCGUGUCUUUUUGCUCGAUCGAUUCUCGCUGCUGUAUGACACCGUGUCGAUACCACUGAUCAUCUAUUGUUCACUGAUACAUGGGCUGGCAUUCGCGCGUAUGCAGCCGUAG